AUGGAGAACAAACCCAGCUCCGGGCCACAGCCUGGCUCUGAUGGAGACAACCCAACCCAGGAGCGCAGCUUCUGGAGACCGUGGAAUAAAAACGCGGACUUACCCAACAAUCAUCCGAGUCACGCAUUGCGCGAGGAUCUCAACACGCAACACAAGAUCCAACAAGUCAUCCAUCCAGUAAAGUUGUUCUGGCCUAAAUCGAGAUGUUUCGAUUAUCUUUACCGGGACGCAGAAAAGCUUUUACGCAACUAUCCAUUCCAAGCGACCAUCUGUCCUUAUGAAGACUCCAGCAGCGACGAGGAAGAUGAGGAUGGUGAUGAAGAGGAGCCAGAAACAAAGAAAAACUAA